AUGUCCUACGUCGCUAAGAACUCCACUCAAAAGCCUGGUCUUGAGGAACAAGAGCAACCCAAGAUCCACCGUAUCCGUAUCACCUUGACUUCUCGUAAUGUCAAGAACUUGGAAAAGGUUUCCUCUGACCUUAUUCAACGUGCCAAGGAUAAGCAAUUGAAGGUCAAGGGUCCUGUUCGUCUUCCCACCAAGACUCUCCGUAUUACCACUCGUAAGUCUCCUUGUGGUAAUGGUUCCGAAACUUUCGAUCGCUUCGAAAUGAGAAUUCACAAGCGUUUGAUUGAUUUGCACUCUCCUUCUGAGAUCGUCAAGCAAAUCACUUCCAUUUCUAUUGAACCCGGAGUUGAAGUUGAAGUCACCAUUGCUUAA